GAUAAGUAUCUUGUACGAGUAUGUUGUAAGGGAACAUUAAAUGUAAUCAAUUAGUUACUAGUUCUUUUCGAAAUUAAUAAAAGCAACAAUUUUACGAACAUGAAUAGCACACUACGGAACAGGAGCAAGAAAAAUCAAUGCGAUUCUUUAAAACCUCUCGGCAAAGUAGAUUCACCCCUAGCAAAAUACAACGCCUCAGGAAUCUUAACAUGCAUAAUAUGCCGGAUUGCUAUUAAGCCAAGUGUCUGGAAGGUGCAUGUUAACUCCAAACAGCACAAAUUAAAUGUGGAUUUAACCAAGAAAAAUACGAUUAAAAUAUUAUCCCCCAACAAAUUAUCUCAGCAGUUACUUUCAACCGCAAAUAGUAGUACAUACAACGAUAAAACCCCUCGAAAAAGUGAACAUUCUGAUUCUAGGAUAUGUGAAACAUUACCUGGCAAGUUUUUUGAUUUGGAGAAGUCAAAUCAGUUUCACCAAGCUGAUCCAAACGAAGAUGAAGAGUGGAUACGCUUUCAGCGAGAAAUUAAAAUGGCUGCUACCGUUUCUAGUACUAUUGUGGCUGAAGAGCAAGAAAAUAUUAAUAUUAAAAGACAACUAAAAGAAAUUGAUGAACAGAUUGACAAUUGGAAACGAUUUAUAAAAAUAAAUGAUCAGAAAAAUAGUCUAAUUAAUAAGGAACGCAAAGUCAACAAACAAGUUUUAGUACAGUCUGAUUCAAGUUCAAGUGACGAAGAAUACAGUUUUGAUGACUUGUACGACUGGAGAACUAAAAACAUGCAUUCAUAAAUUAAUUAAUCUUAAAUUUCGUACAUGUAUAUCAAUAUAAAUAUAGAGAUAUGUUAAAAAAUGUAUUUUUUUAUGAGCUCUAGUGGGAAAUAUAAUAAACGAGUCGGUACGUGA